AGAUGCCUGAAAGAUGGCUGCGGAUUGAAGUCGAGCGAAAGUUGUACUGCAGUGUCUGUUUCGUUGUUAAAAAGUGUUGUGAAAUGAUUGAGAAACUUUAUUACGAAAUUAACGCAUUGUUUAUUAGAGAACGUAUGCAGAUCAUAUUGUGAUGAAGAUUAGAGAUCUAUUGAGAACACCGACACCGUUGUUGUAGUUUCAAAAACUUCUUGUAACGUAUUGACAAAGUAGUGUUUAUAACCUGGAUUAUUUAUUUUGAAUAAUCUUAAGAUUAAAUUGGACAUGAAUUAUAAUUAUUGUUGUUGUUUCGAAGUGUUGCUAAUUACGUGUUAAUGUGCUCUGGAAAUAUGACAUGUGUUAAAACAACCUGUUAAAAAAAAGUGAUUAUUUUGUUUUUUAACUGAGGUCGCAUGAGAGAAAUGAAGACCAGAAAAGGUCCCAGGAUGCAUAUGGACAUAUCGCAAAGAAUAAUCCAAUAAGGAACUAAACAUUUUCCCCAAUUUUCAAGUGCAACAUACUUAUCUGCAGUGAGAUUUCGCCCCAAGAUUUUUAACGAACUUUUAUAGGUUAUGUCAGAAUUUCUGUCAUAGCAAAAACAGUACUUCCAUCCAGAAACUCCCCGAGGUACUCCCAUAUUAACCGGUACAAACAGGGAAGUGUUUCCAAUGAAUCUCAUGUCAAUAAACAUGGUGUUUAGGCCCCAAAAUUCAUGAACGUUCUGACCUGUGAACUGAUAGAAGUUAUGUUUACCUAUUUGAUGGUAAAACUCUGUAUUAGUGCGAUGUGAUAGUGCCUGACUGUUCGACACGCUGGAUCGAGCUAACUCUGGUCCAGGGGGUUGCCUAGACGGCGGUGGGACUGUGCCCCCCGUCGUCCCACAGCCCCCGGGACUCCCGGGACUGCCUUUACAUCCAGAAGUAACACCCAAACAAGCCGUAGUUGAAAGACUGCGGCGUCGUAUCGAGUCGUACCGGCGCCACCAGAGCGACUGCAUGCCGCGCUUCGACCAGUCCUUCAACGGGCUGUGCGAGCAGAACCUGCAGGACACGCAGCUGCUGAAGCAGCGCUUCCUCGACUCGAAGGCGAAGCGCGUCACCAAGACGAAGGACAAGAAGCAGCAGGAGGCCAUCCAGAGCAGCGUGCACGUGUUUCAGGUUGGGAAAAGAAGAUAUUGCAAUAAAAGAUACUAGAAAUUAUUUUAAUAAGUAUUCAAAAUAAUGGGAAUGAAGAAGGUUCUACAAGUUUUAAAAUCAGGCGUUAUUGAUGGAGAUAUAGUUGUCCUGUCUCGUCUAUUUUUCAAAAUAGUUGCAGAUAAUGAAUACAACGUCCGACGAAAAUAGUGAAGCAAGUAGGAAACCAUUUUACUCUUCAGGUUCAUCGGAACAACAGAAGUUCCUCAAGCGCUCCGCCGAGGAGCACGACCCAGGGGGGCCCGGAGGGGGCCAGUCGGAGAACUUCGAGCCCCCCGUGAAACUCCAAUGCAUCACCCAGCAACAUGACACCCACCAAAACGAAGGGCUCACCAAGUUCUCCGUCGAGAUCGUGCAGCAACUGGAGUUUACCACUUCGGCCGCCAGUUCCCAGCCCCAACAGAUCUCCACCAAUGUCACCGUGAAAACGCACGCGAACGCUUCUGUGAAAAGCGACGUUUCGUCCCCCAAAUCGAAUCCUUCCACCCCUCACCAAAAGUCCUCGAACAUCGGCCUGGACGUUGGCACUCUGGUCGAGUGCAAACAGGAGCCCGACAACGACUUCGCCGAUUUGGAUCAAUGCGCUGAAGCUCUGGAGAAGGAUGCGGCCGCGAAUGGAGGCACCUUCGGCAGCUUCUCGGACCUCAUCGGCGACGACACCAACGACGAAAUCAUCUCGUCGGCUACCUUCAACGAUCUCAUCUCCGACAUCAACAACUACCCCGACUACGAGCUGAUGAAGGACUUCGACUUCGAGGACAAGUCCGACAUUCCCAAGCAGGAGGACGUCAAGGACAUCGCCCCGAAGCAAAACACGCACAGUCCUUUGCUGCAGAACUACUCGCCGCCUGUUUUCGACAAGGGAAGGAUCCCUGCUUAUCCGAAUAUGGACUUCUCGAAGAACGAGAUGAGUCCGGCUGCGCAGACUCUGAAGCAGAUGGCGGAGCAGCACCAGCACAAGAACCAGAUGGGGCUGUCGUUUCCGCCCAACGCGAGGGCGCCCAAUGCGCGGUCGCCCUAUCCGGACUUCCAGUUUCAAGGGGACUUUGGCAGUCCGAAUUCGAAUCAGAAUUACCACAAGAACAGUCCCAGCUUCCAGCAGCCAGAGAUGAUCAAGCAGGAGAUGAUAUUCCAGGGCAGCGACUACGACAUGAAACGGAAAAACGCCGGCAUGUACAACAAGCAGCAGUACUCCCCUUACAGCAGCCCGAGCGCCAGCAGCCACGGCUCGCCCGGCUACCUGCCGAGAGGCGGGCCGCCGCCGCCCCCGCCGCCCAACGCGGGGGCGGGUCAAUUCGGGGGUGGCACGCCACCUCGGCCGCCCUCGGGGUCGGGCGGCGGUGGUGGGAACGGGCCCUCGGUGCAGAUCAACCAGGCGCAGCAGCUGAAUAUCAGCCAGCAGAGCCACGGGCAUACGAUACAGGUAUCUGCCGGUCAACAUGUCCACCUCACCGGCGACCUCAAGGGCAACGUCUCGAUCGCCGCCCAACAGGGCAUGCACUUCAGCCAGCACGGCGGCCAGACCUCGAGCCAAUCGACGCAAUCGUCGUCGGCCAAUCAGCAGCACUCGCAGCCUAGCCCGCUGUCCUCCGCCGGGUCGCAGCACCAGCACUCGCCCAUGGGCGGUAUGGGCGGCCAGGGACCGAUGGGCGGUCAGGGAUCGAUGGGCGGUCAGGGACCGAUGGGCGGUCAGGGGACGAUGGGAGGCCAGGGAUCGAUGGGAGGCGGUAUGCUGUCGGGCAACGGACAGAUGGGUGGACAGCAGGGGUCCAUGGGCGGCAUGCACGGGUCUGGCGGUAUGGGCGGGCCUGGAAAUAUGUCUGGUGCCGAUUCCCUUCCCAGCAAUAUGUCGGGCGGCGGGCCGGGCAUGGGCAUGCCCAACAACAUGGGCGGCAUGGGCGGCCUCAACGCCAGCAUGGGCGGGCAAGGCGGCAUGCCCAGCGGGAUGGGAGGCAUGCCGCACGGCAUGGGCGGCGGUCACACCGACAGCUAUUCGAUGUCGCAGACGCAGACCAUCAAUUUCACGCAGCAAACGUUGAGGAGAGCCGGUGGGCCAGGCGGAAUGCCGACCCCGAUGGGCCCCUCCGGCGGCCAAAUGGGUCCCGGACCGAUGAACGCCGGCCCCUCCGCCGCCGCUCAAUCCUCCAUGGGCCCCGCCUCGCGCAUGCUCACCGUGCAACAGCAGCAGUCGCUCGAGCAGCAGCAGCAGAAGCUGCUGCACCAGCAGCAGGUGUUGCGCGCGCAGCAGUUGCAGCAGCAGCAGCAACAGGCGCAGCAGCACAUGGGGCCGCGACCGCCGCCGCCCGACUACAAGACCAGCGCGGGCAUGAUGCAGGGGGGUGGCGGGCCGAGGUACGCCGUCGCUCCUCCGGGCGGUAUGAGGCGGAUGGCCCAUCAGCCGAUGCCGCCUUCAGGCCCGAUGAUGCGCAGCAGCAUGUUCAUGCUCCCCCAGCAGCAGCAGCAACUCCAGCAGCAGCAACAGCAGCAGCUUCAACAGCAGCAGAUGGCGCCGCAGCGGUCUGCGAUGUAUGCGAGACAGCAGGGCCCCAUGGCGGGCAUGGAGGCCGCCCAGCACAACAGCGCCGAGUGGAGGCAGCUGCUGAUGGCGCAGCAACAGCAGCAGCAGCAGCAACACCAAGGGCCUGGAGGCAUGCAAAUGUCGGCGAUGCAGCACCAGCAGCUUCGCGCCGGCGGGCAGCAGCAGCAGCCGGGCGGCGGGCAGCUGGGGCAGCAGGCAGGGCAGAUGGGGCAGGCUCAGGCGAUCCAGUCUCAGCAGCAGCAGCCCCCGAGCCACGCCGGGCAGCUGCUGGGCCCCACCAACGGCCAGAGCAGCGCGCUCGCCUCUUUCAACCCCCAGACAGACUUCAACUUCGAGUUCCUGGACAACCUGGGGGCGGAUGCGCCCGCCUUCACCGAUCAGGACCUGUUGAACUCGUUCGACAGCGAUGCGGGAUUUAGUUUGGAUUUUUAG